AUGUCUCACCAGAAAAAGCAGCCCACCCCCAUGCCCCCAGUGGGUUGCGGGAAGAACUCGGGCGGCGGCGGCGGCGGCGGCGGCGGCUGCGGCUCCGGCGGCUGUGGCUUGUAUAGCGGCGGCGGCAGCUCGGGCUGCGGAGGCUACUCUGGUGGCGGCGAAGGCUCCGGCUGCGGCGGCGGCUCCGGAGGCUGCGGAGGAGGUUCCGGUGGGAGUGUCAAGUACUCUGGGGGUGGUGGCAGCUCCGGAGGCGGCGGCGGCAGCGGCUCCGGCUGCGGGGGUGACUAUUCCGGGGGCAGCUGCGGCUCCGGCUGCGGAGGUGGCUAUUCCGGGGGCGGCGGCGGCUCCGACUGCGGCAGCAGUGGCUGCUACUCCGGUGGCGGCGGCGGCGGCGGUGACUCCGGUCAGCAGGUCCAGUGCCAGAGCUACGGAGGCGUCUCUAGCGGGGGCUGCGGGGGUGGCGGCUCCUCCGGGGGCGGCGGCAGCUCCGGCUGCGGUGGCGGCUCCUCUAGUGGAAGCUCCGGCUGCGGCGGGGGCUCCUCCGGCGGCGGCUCCGGCUACUUCUCUCAGCAGACCCCCCAGACCUCGUGCAUGCCCCAGCAGAGUUACGGAGGGGGAUCCUCCGGAGGCACUUGCGUCGGCGGCUCCUCCGGGGACGGCGGGGGCUGUUUCUCCAGCUGCGGCGGCGGCGGCGGGGGCGGCUCCGUCUGCGGCGGCUCCGUCUGCGGCGGCGGCUGGUCCGGUGGCGACGGGGGCUGCUUCUCCAGCGGUGGUGGGGGCGGCGGCGGCUCCGGCUGCGGCGGCGGCUCCUCCGGGGGUGACGGGCGCUGCUUCUCCAGCGGUGGGGGUGGCGGUUCCUCUGGGGGUGGCAAGGAGGUCCCGAUCUGCCACCAGACCCAGCAGAAGCAGGCGCCUACCUGGCCAAGCAAAUAA